GUCAGAGCUCAACACCGUUGAGAAACACAUGGACAUGUCAGACAAGGACCAGCACGACCGCGCGCAGUUCUGGAAGUACUACGUGGGCGGCGUCGACCGCCUCCUGUGGGAAGCCAUGCGCGCGUACAGGCAUCGCUUCGGCAACGCAGACGGGUUCUCAACCGUGACCUUCGCGCUCUUCGAUUUCGACUCGCAGACUGAGAAUGACUUCAUGGGCACAGUGACGGUGACACUCUCCACGCGAUCCGUGCUCAUCCCCCCCGCGCGAUCCCACCCUCACGCCGGCGAGUCGACACGGGUCCUGCAGUUCCUUUGGGCCUCCGCUCCCUACGGCGCGGCGUCUGGGGCGCGCUUGUCGGCGGCAGCGGUGGCCAUGCGGCCCACGGUGCACGCCCAGGCGCGGGGCUCGCGCGCGGUGGACGCCUGGGGCGGGCUGUCGCUGGGGGCGCGCAUGGGGAGCAGCGUCGUCGUCGUCGUCGACGACGACGACGACAACGACGGCAGCGGUGGCCACGCGGUUGCGACGAGCCUGCGUCCGCUGGUGGGGGCCUCGGCUGGCGGCGAGGGCAAGCCGCCGGCGCUUACCGCGGCGCGGCGCUCCGUCGAGCUGGCCUCCCAGGGCCCGUGCACGCUUAGCCUGCGUCCUCGGCGGGCGUGCGGCCCGGUGCUGUCUCGGCUCUGCCUUUGGCUCCGUCGCGGUAUCUCAGGAGGGGAAGAAACACACAGAGACGGCCCCUACAGAGGCAAGCUCUGA